CACACGGACGGACGACGUGAUCCGUGACCGAGAUGUUCAAGAAGCUGAAGGAUAAAAUUGCCGAGGAGGUCAAACAGUCCCCUCAACGGUUCGAGCAGAUCUCCAAAGGAUUUCAGGCUGCCGUUAGCUCAGCAUCAUCAACUACCUCCGAAGUGUCUGGGAGCGAAAACUUUUUUAGCAUUACAGAAGAUGAUACUCCGCAAAACUCUCCGCUGAAAGGAAACUCCACCACAACGGUUGUGCAAACGUCGCCGGGCAACAACACUUCCGGCGGUAGCUCCGUAAUGUCGAGUUCGAGCCUUAACAAUGGGACAUCACCCUCAACGGGCGCCUCAGGAACACCCAACUCAACCGUGGGUUCCGCAUCGCUGCAGCGUGUCCGUCGCUUGUCCAACUCUUCGAUGGCCAGCGAUGUUUCGUUUCGACUGCCGGCAUACGAUUCCCCCGCCAUCUAUCAUCUCGAGACGGAUGUGGAUGUGUCGGCAAGCGAAACCGAAUCAGUGGCCGGUUCGGCGGGCAACAGCCCGAACCAGUUGGACCUCGUCAGCAAGGACAAGCUGUUUCAGGCGUACAAAAAGGCACUCGAUCGGUACCAGAAAUACCGAGAGCGGUACACGGAACUGGCGCGUCGGUAUCGCGAACUGGAAAAGGACAACACCAAAGCCCGAGCGGUGCUGGGCGAAACACAGGACAAAGCACUGCGCCGGAUGAGCGAACUGCGGGAACAGUGUGUGCUGGAGCAGCAAGCCAAGGCCCAUCUGGAUUCUGCCCUUCGCAUGGAGAUCGAUGAGCUGCAGUGUGUGGUCAAAACGCUGCGCUCCAAGCUGGAGCUGGUCGGUGAGAAUGGUUCGAACGGCACCGAGUCCGAUCUGAUCUCGCUCGGGGCAGAAGACUCACUGCGUGACACGGGCCCUCUGGAAGAUCGCAUCAAGGCGCUCGAGUCGAAGCUGAACGAUGAGCUGCGCCAAAAGGCGGUGCUCAAUCUGGAGGUGAGCGAACUGAAGAAGCGCGAAGAAGAGCACACGAUCACGAUCGCGGAAAACAAGAUGGCGAUCCACUCGGAGCUGGAAGCGAAAGAGGCCGAAGUGCGCAAGCUGAAGGAACAGUUGGCUGCGUUCGAGAAGAACAUGAAACAAACGCUCACCGAGAAGGACGGACUGGGGCGAGAGUUGUCCGAGGUGCGGAAGGUUGCGGCCCGGGUGAAAGAACUGGAAAGUACGCUGAGCAUGUGCAAUGAACAAAAGAAUAAGUUGGAAUCGAAAUUUAUCGAUUUCGAGCGCACGAUCAUGGAGCUGGAGAAGGACAAGCAGCAACUGAAGGCCACAAACCUGACGCUGGACUACGAAAAGAGUGAGCUACAGAAAAAGGCGAGUGAACUGGAGGCGAAAACGGCCACACUUGCCCAAGAACGUGACUCGUUGGCCGCAGCGAUCAAGGAACUCGAACAGACGGCCCACGAAUCGCUGGACCGUUCGGUGGAAAUCGAUUCUCUCACGCAGCAACUCGAGGAAGCGAAGCAAAGUGAGGUGGCGUCACUGGAAAGAAUCGGCACCCUCGAAAGCCGACUGAAGGAACAGGAAGAACGACUUUCCACGGUGCAAUCCGAACGAGAUGGUUUAGAGCAAAAGAUACGCGAAACGGAGAGUUUGCUGCGGGAACGUGGGCGGGAAAUCGAACGAUUAGAGCAACAGCAUUCUUCGCAGGCCGAAGCACGGCGCGAAGCACUCCACCAGAAGCUGCAGCAUGCCGAAGACGAACUGGCGGCGUGCCGUAAAGCCCAAUCCUUGGACCAGGACAAGUUACUCGAGCUGACGCAAGCACUGGACGCGGCGAAGGAACUGCACGAUCGCGAUCGCAAGAGCAACGAGGCCAGCCUGAAGGAGGUGUUCGAGCGCAACAACGAGCUGUCCGAACAGCUCGAUCAGUUCAAGGAGAAGCUCGAGAAGGUGAACGCAAAGUUCAAAAAGUUGACCGACGAAAAGAACUCGCUGCGUGCGGCCAACGAUGGGCUGUCGGGCGAGCUGAAGCAGUGCCGCCAGGAACUGAAGCAGCUGGCCAGCCAAAAGCAGACAUUGUCGGACGAGGUGCGCAAUCUGAAGAUCAUCAACGAGAACUCGGAAUCGGAAGCGUUGCGAUCGUUGCAGGAAUCGAUGCGUGCAUCGAUGACGGCGGCCGAGGAGAAGCUGCUGGAAACGACUCGCGAUCUGAACCAUGUGCUGGAGCUAAAGUCGGACGAAAACCGCCGUCUGUCGGAGGAGCGCGACGAACUGGCCGAGAAGCUGGACGGUGCCCAGCGCGAAAAGGCCGACCUGCAGGCGGAGGGUGUGAAUUUGCGGACCAAAAUCGAAACGGUUCGCGGCGAAAAGAAAGACCUAGAAAAGACGCUCGAGCGAGAGAUACGGGAAAAGACGGAGCUGAAGGCACAGGUCACCAACAUCCUGCAGGAGAUCGGUCGUCUCGAGGAGCAGCUGAAGGACGUGAAGGAGGCACAUUCCAAAAUACUGGACGAAAAGCAGACGCUCGAGGAGAAGAUCGAGCGGUUGCAGCGCGAUCACUGCGAGGCACGGCUGAAGCUGGAAAAGGACACGCUCGGGAAGCUGCAGGGAAAGCUGCGGGAGCACGAAACUAAACUGCACGAGGUGGAAUGCGAAAAUUCGCAACUGGCCGAGAAGAACUGUUUGCUCGAAGAGAGCAGCCGACGGACCGUGGAGGAACUGAAGAAACUGAACCAAUCGAUGAAGGACGAAGAGCGGCGCUUACGCGAGGAGCGGGAACGCUGCGAGCAGCUGGAGGAGCAAGUAAAGACGGUCACCGAUCAGCUGGGCCAGUGUAGCGGUGAUCAUGCGAAACUGUUCAACGAGAAGGAGCUGCUCGAUCACCAGCACCGUUCGCUGCAGGAUGCUCUGGAGGCGAAGGAAAAGGAAAAACUGUGCGUUCUCGACACGAACAAGUGCCUCGAGGAGGAACUGGCCAAGCUGCGGACCGAGAACGAUUAUCUGAAGGGGAAGCACAACGAACUGAAGGUGCUGCUCGAGAGCGACAAACGAAGACUGAUGGACCAGAACGAUGCGCUGCAGCGGCAAAUGGAAGAGCUGGCCCGCGAGAAGCAAUCGCUCGGUCGCAAUGCGACCGAUCUCGAGAAGCGUCUCGCCAGCUACGAGGAGGUGAAGAUCGAGAACGAAUACCUCAACACGCUGACCAAGCAGCUGCAAGGCGAGGUACAGGAAGUGAAAGGGAAGCUAACGGCGAAGGAAACCGAACUGGCCGCCGCCCGAACCAAGCAGAGCCAAACGGAGUCGAUGCUCGAGGAGCGCGAUCAGGAGAUCACGAAGCUGAUCAACGAGUUCGUGGCAAAGGAGCAACGGCAGGAGCGCGAACACCGGGAACGGAUCGACGGGCUAGAGGAGCGUAACCGUGCGGAAACGGAAGCCCUAACCGAGCGGUUAACGGGCGAGAAGCGAACGUUGGAAACGGAGCUGAAAGAGCAACUGGCCGAAGCUACCUCCGAACGGGAUGUGGCCAACGAAACGCUACGAACGCUGCGCGAAGAGUCCGACGAACGGGCGAAGGAAGUGGACCGGAUACGAAGCGAACUGGCCGCGGUGCAGGAGUUGCGGUUGGAAAACGCAAACUAUGUCCGCGAUCUGGACGAGCUGAAAAGCGAACUGAAUGGUGCGAUCGCGGAAAAGUUGCGCCUCGACGGCGAAAAGAUCGACGAAGAGCAGAAGCUGCGCGAUCGGCUGCGGAAGGCCGAAGAAGCAUCGGCAGAGGAACGGCACCGGUUGGUGGCCGAGAACGAAGGGCUACGAGCGCGGUUACAGGAGUUUAAAGCUGAAACCGAGCAAUCUGUCCGCCGGUUUGAGGCGGAAAUUGAGCAGCUACGGCGAGUUGAACCGGCCGCCGUGGCCAAAGUGGAAACACCCGUGGCCGCGGAGCAACAACCGGCGUACGAUGAGCUGCGGAACAAGAAGGAAGAGUUGGAGAACAAGCUGAAAAAGAUCAUGCACGAAGUACAGGACGUCUCGAACCGGAACCUGUUUUUGGAGCAAAAGUGUGAAAACUAUCUCAUACUGGAGCAAUCGAACGAGCGGCUCAAGCUGGCCAACGACAAGCUGUCCCGGCAGUUGGACGAAACUUUGGUAUCGCUGCAUCACAAUGAAGGCAUUGCCGCCAACACCGAGUUCGAGUACUUACGAAACAUUCUAUUCCAGUACCUCAGCGGAAGCGUCACCGGUAACAAUAGCACGCUGGUGAAGGUGAUAGCUGCGGUGCUAAAGUUUUCACCCCAACAGACGCAGGUCGUGAUGGAAAAGGAGGCCCAUCGGAGGUCUUUGAUGGGCCAGAUAAACAAUUUGCUAUAGCAGGAAAAGACGUUGGCUUUGCAACGACAGCAGCCGGCGGCCCAGCGUCGGGCGCGUAGCGGGUUUCAGUUCUUCUAGAAAAAAAAGCAAAGCGAAGAAGGAUGGAGCUUAACGUGAAGCGUUGCGUUCUGUAUAUUCUGUGUCUCUCAUUCAUCGUUUACGGAUUUGUUGGCGGAGACGACGAUGUAUUUAUAUUUUCUGUGUUUUGUGACAGGCCGGGAGACAUAUCGUACCGUACUAUUACUACCAUAUUUAUCUCUUACCGUUCGUUCGCUGUAGAUCAUGUUUCAUCGCCUAUCUUUGUACAAUUUCUGUUCGGUUUUCCACUUUCCACUAAUGUUUUAAUGGACCCCAUCCUGUCGGUGUAGAAGAAUGGUUGAAAUAGCCAGAGGAUGAUAGCAAAUGCACGAAAUGCUGGGGUUCCGACUCAGAUUUGUAACCCGUAAGAUCGAUUAGAUAGCUAAAAGUGUGGCUCAACCAGUCCAGUGGCUAAUGUGUUCACUAUUGAGGAAACCUGAAACCUUCUCCUAAGAGCCAAUACUAUUCGUACCAAGUUUACGUAGUGAAAGUAAUAAUCAAAAACACGGUCCACAGAAUUCCUAGUAAAUUGAGGUUGCCUACACUCCCACGGCACCUCUUUCAGGGCAACGCGGACAGGGAACGCAAGCAAGCAAUAGCGUAACCUCUUUCAUUUCCACGGCAUUUUUGGUUUGCAUUUUGGUUAACUUUCGGUCAACCCCUCUUAUUUCAUCUCCUGUUUUCGUUUUUUACGUGUUUUCGAUGAUAAGUUUAAAGCCUGCAGGGCUGCAUAGAGUACUGGCGAGUUGGCGUGUUGUUUCGAGUGCAAUACGAGUUGAGAAGGAUAAGUUUAACGUCUUCGUUUAGUUUCUGUUCGAUGUACAUUUAUAUUGCUAGCCAACAUAACACGCCCAUAAACCGCAGAUGGAAAAAAGCAGAAUUUAUGUAGGACCCCGGCUUUCUUGGACCGCAUUUUGGAGUGACAGUCGAAAGAAAUCGAAUUCGCCAAAGCAUGCUCUGACGAGAAACUUUUUCUCACGAUUAUUCCGUUCGCCGAGCUGUGCUGUAUACGAAGCGCCCGAAUCAAACGCAUUUGAUACUGCAAAACAUUCACUCGAACGAACGAAAUCGAGGAAAAGCCGUGCGCCAAACUAAGCGCCACUGUUUAGUCAAUGCCUUUCGCGGCGCGGCUUGAGGCGGAGCAAGG